GAAAGAAAUGAAAAAUGAAAUCGUCUGAAAGGAGACUUGAUAUGGCGUAUAGAUAACUUGUUCUUUCACAGGAAAGCCGUUGAGGUUAGGGCAUCUCAACUGUUUUAUCCAAAUUUUUGAAAAAGUCUCUGCAUUAAACUGUGUGGAAUUAUAAAGCCGCCAACAUUUUGCCCAAGUCUAACUCACCGUCGGUGGCCAUGAGUGCCCAUGGCUGUCUCCACUUGAACAACUUCAAAGCGGCCAAGGGGACUCGGCCCUACCGGCUCAUUCAUUCCUUUUUCGUGGCCUGCACAUCUUCGGAGGCCCGCAAACGCAAGGCGAAAUCAUGUUUGUGUCACGUCUGUCAGCGAAGAGGACCCAGGCUUCAUGCCUGUCUUCACUGCAUUUUCUUUGGCUGCUACGGUGCUGGUCACAUUCAGGCGCACUCUCAACAACGGAAACAUUUCUUAGCUGUAGAUCUGACAUAUGGAGUUGUGUGUUGCUUCCAGUGUGGUGAUUACGUCUAUGACCGAGAAUUGGAAAUUAUUGCUCAAAAGCAUCAAACCAAAGCCUCACUCUCUUUGGGUCUAGGUCAAGUUUACCACUCGUGGGAACCAUCUGAAGAAGAAGUUGAACUUCUUAAAAAGCAUACGCGCCGCAAGAAGAUUACAGAUUCUUCUAUUAUCGGGCUUAGAGGACUCGUGAAUCUGGGCAACACCUGUUUUAUGAACUGCAUAGUACAGGCUCUUUUAAAAGUACCCCUUUUAAGAGAUUUCUUCCUGUCAGAUCGUCACAUUUGUCAGUUUCAAGACGAGCCAGGGCGUUGUCUCGUCUGUGAAAUUUCUCGCCUAUUCCAAGAGUUCUAUUCGGGGAACAAGGCUCCCCUGACAUUGCACCGGCUACUUCACUUGAUCUGGACCCAUGCUCGUCAUUUAGCCGGAUAUGAACAACAAGACGCCCAUGAAUUUUUUAUUGCCACUUUGGAUGUACUACAUCGACACUGCAGAGGACCAAAUGAGCAACAGUCGACUCAGCCUCAAGAGAACUCUGUUAAUCGUUGCACGUGCAUCAUAGAUAAAAUUUUCACCGGUGGUUUGCAGUCGGACGUCGUCUGUCAAGCUUGCCACGGUGUGUCAACCACAGUAGAUCCCUUUUGGGAUAUAUCCCUAGACCUUGGGCCGUCACCCAGCACGAAAGUUGUAACUACUGGCUCUGGUCCAGGAUCGAUUCCAACUUCGCUGCAAGACUGUCUGGAGCGAUUUACCCGUGCCGAACAUUUGGGUUCUUCAGCCAAGAUCAAGUGUUCGCGAUGUCUUAGCUACCAAGAGUCCACGAAACAAUUGACGAUGAAAAAGCUGCCCGUCGUGGCCAGUUUUCACCUGAAGCGCUUUGAACAUUCCAAUCGAUUCCAUAAGAAGAUCUCGUCAUUCAUCGCCUUUCCAGAAUACCUGGACAUGAGUCCAUUCAUGUCUCACCGCAGAAACAUCAACAACAACGUCAAUUCAAACUCGUCGGAUCGAGCUGAUAGGCCCGUCCAUAAGCCCCUCAUUUCCACCGAAAACAUGUAUUCUCUAUUUGCUGUGAUCAACCACGUCGGUACCAUCGAAGCGGGUCACUACACGGCCUACAUUCGCCAGCACCGCGACCAUUGGUUCAAGUGCGAUGACCACCUCAUCACCAAGGCUGACAUUCGCGACGUUCUCCAAAGUGAAGGGUACUUGCUCUUCUACCACAAAAUGAUCUUGGAAUACGAGUGAAUAGGGCAAGACUUAUUCUCUGAGGGCAGCUCAACCGAGUCAAUUUUUGUUUGCAUGCAGCAUCCAUCCAGUUCUUCUCUCCCCCCUUCAAGACUUCCCUCUUUUUGUUUUGUUACCUUUUUCAUUUUCACUUUCGCUACGUUUUUCUUUUCUUUCGAGACCAUUUCAAUUCAUCAGCGGUUAAUGACCGUUAGAAAUCUUUUCUUUUGUAACAUUCAACAAGUCUUAAAAAAAAAAAACAAAAGAAGAAAAGGAUAAUGAAGUAGAAAAAACGAAACAAAAGGAGUUAAAAGACGGGAAAACAAUGAAUAUUUAAAUAAUUUCCAAUUUUCCCUAACCAGUCCAUCGAUAUACCCUCUGUGUCUGUACUGUUAGGUUCUUUGAUUCUAUUCCGCCGCUCUCUUUUCGAUCAAAGGCAAAGCGAGUCCUUUCCGGCUAUUCUAUCUCUCCCCUCUUCAUCGAAUCCGAAUCACGCAAGAUCUACUUAACAAACAAAAAAAAUAACAACUUUGAAGACAAUACAUCAACACUCCCUUUUUACAUAAAACUUGUGGAUCCUUUCUCCCUCUUGCGCACGUCAGUCGAAAAUUGAAUAUACUCUCGCAACUUUA